UUUGAAUCUCACCACAAGCUUGUUUUCCAGGAGGGGAAAUACAAGCGAGCAACGUUACAGUAUAAGAAAACCGUAUCGUGGCUGGAGCAUGAAACCGGCCUGUCGGAUAUGGAGAAAUCCCAAUCCAGGAACCUGAGGCUCGCUGCCCAUCUCAACCUGGCCAUGUGCCACUUAAAGCUGAAAGAGUAUUCUCAGGUCUUGGAAAACUGCAAUAAGGCGCUGGAAUUGGACAGCAACAACGAGAAGGGCCUCUUCCGGCGAGGCGAGGCUCGAUUGGCCGUCAACGACUUUGAGUUAGCCAGGGCAGAUUUCCAGAAGGUGCUACAGCUCUACCCAAGUAACAAGGCGGCCAAAGCCCAGCUCCUGAUCUCCCAGCAGAAGAUACGCGACCAGCACGAAAGGGAGAAAAAAAUGUACGCCAACAUGUUCCAGAGACUGGCAGACAAAGAAGCAAAGUUGGAAUUGGAUGCAGGAUGCAAAGAAGAGGCUGACACGAAAGACGGCAAACAGAACGGUGUGGAGGAGAAAACAGAAGUUGACAUAGAGAUUUGAGGCUGAAAGUUGACCCGUUAGUUUUCUAAAACUGAAGAAUUUCCAGUGAACUCUAGACCUUUAUUUUUCUAUCUGAUUUGGUAAGGGGGCGAUGGCUGGGGGCUGUUUAGCAUCUAUAUAGGAAAUGGUGGCAGAACAGAGCCAAGUUAUGUUUGAUGUAUUAUUUAUUCGGACAUGCAUCCUUUACUCUGUUGUUGUUGACCUUGGGAAGUUUCAGGUUAGGAUCCCUCUUCUCAGUUUCCUGGCAUCUUUCUCAGGUUCCAGCUUGGCCUAAUCAAACGCCACAUUUUAUUCCCCCUUCUUUACUUUCCUUCCCCCCAUCCCUUAUUUUUAAAAAGAAAAGUUUUUAUCUGCACAUGCACACAGCUAUUUGCAUGAGAGGCCUAAAUACACCAGAGCUCCCUUUUCUGCUGCAGCCUUAACAUUCUUUCUUUGGGUCUGUCGACAUGGAUGCCCCUCUGUCCUGAGCAGGGAUGGCCACUUUACUUGUAAGGGCUCCUCUUCUGCAGAAGAGGAAGAAGCAGGAAACCAAAGCUCGAGCAGUAAAUUCUUUAAAAAGUCUGGAGGUGGCAGUAGCCCUUGGACUCUAAAUGCAGAUAUUCCUCCCCACUCAACAUCAGCAACACCCAGAGAUACAAGUUCGAUAAAAGGAUUGUCUGCCAAUGGCAUCCACCACCAGCGGGAGCUUUGGCAUAAAGAGGACAGAUCAAAGUGCAGGCGAACAACAUCUGGCCAGAUCUUGUUGCAGGUUACAAAAAGGGUUGCUGCAGUGAUAUUAGCCAUUUUUGGAAGGAGGCCACCCACAUGCCAUAAGCCUUCGAACACCUGCCAGUUUGUAGGACAUCCUUCUAGAGCAACCUGGUGGGACCUACAGCAGGUCAGAAAUUCGGGGACUUCCCUGUUCCUCCCCCCUUUCCAUUUAGCAUAGAAACACGUAAUCAAGAUAGAUCAGGCGUUCCCACUAGGACAUUGGUCUACAUUUCCACAAUUCCCUCGGAAGCCUGCCCACAGCUCCACGCCAACAGUUGAAGGUUUUGCUGAAAAGCUACUUGUUCAGCCAGGUGGGAGAAAGGGAGGUCAGAAGUCCAGCAGCUCAAGAAGUCACAAGGGGGAGGGGGAGAGAGGGGAAAGGCCACUUAUAAUGCAAGCUAUUUCAGGUCAAGGAAAGGAGCACAGAGAUCUAUUUUGGAUAUCUGAUCGGAGCAGAUGGGUUGGGAAAGCAGGAUCAGAAUUUAUGCUUCCAGCUCAGUUGGACUCUUGGAAAAGCAGGAUAUUCGUGCCUCAAGUAAUUUGGAAGAAGUGCACAACCCUUGAGAGCCUGUGCUUGGAUGAGGUUUGAAGGGCGUCUUCCAAAUUGUCAUUGCCCUGUUUUGCUACUUUUGUGAGGUGUGGAUAACACAAGGCUUGAGAGCUCUCUGGCUGUGACCUCAGAAUAUAUUGCAGCCAAUCCAUGCAUUGAGGAAGGGCAGCGAGGGAUUAGGCCAAGGCAGUCGGAGGCCAGCGUGGAUAAGCAGAUCGAAGGCUGUUAUGCACUAAGUGGUGGUGGCUUCUGAAAGAAAAGCAAACCCAAAUGGAGUCAUUUCAUAAUUGGCUUUUUAAAACAAUUAAUGCAACACCGCUCUGUUUUGCCAGUUAAGCAGAUUAAAACUGUAUAAUCUCUA